AUGGCUUCGCCAAUUUCUAUCGGAGAUGCAUUCCUAUUGGCUAAACUUGCUCUAAAACUGGGCCAAACGUUCACUACGGGCCGAAAAUCAGCGCCCGCUGAGUUUCGAGAAGUUGAAAGCCAGCUAUAUUCCAUUAGUACCGCACUCACGGCUUUAGGCGAUGCGUGUCGAAAUAACGGUCUCGAGCUCGGAAUCAACAAUACGGUGCUCCAAAAUCCUGUCCAAAGCCCGCGAGGCAAUAAGGGAGACGAUGCCCUAUUGUCGAUGCUUCAAGGCUGUCAGGAUGUUCUCAAAAAUCUUGAAGGUGUUGUAGAAAAGUACAGCUCAAUUGGCCAGCCCGAGCAAUCAAACAGACCAUGUUUCCAAAAGUGGAAGAGCGGCGUCAAGAAGAACUGGAAGAAGAUAAUCUGGACGACAGAGGGCGGGGAUUUAGCGGCGCUCCAGCGAAGUUUGAGUAUUCAUAUUAAUUGCUUGGACCUCGCCCUAGGUGUUAUCGGCCAUACUCGAACUGAUCGGGUGGAAAAAGGCGUGGUUAAUACGGUGCUCAUGCUAACAGAAAUCCACACAUGGUUCGUCACAAACAUACGUGAUAACAAUGGGUCGGGCGUAGUGACUUCAGCCCAGAAUACAAACGUCAUGUACCCUUCUGCAACGGAGCCGCCGCCGCCGUUGACCGAGAUCCAGUUCAAGAUAUCCGCAAGAUCACUACGAGGUCUAGAGGUACUCUGCCCGAAUGCCUCUAUACAUCCCAUGUGGAAUCAAAAACGAAGCGAAUGGGAUCUAAAAAACAGCUGGUCCCACCGUAAACUGUUUAAAUGCAACUGCCCCCUACUACCUGGGCAGACAGCACCGCACCCUUUCGAAGUAGAUUCUCUAGCGGUCUCAUCCUUCACAUUCGCAUUGAGGCAAACUGGGGCCACCAAAAGCUGGAUGAUUUACAACGCAGCGAACCGGUCGACCAAUAUGGUGAUAUCAUUGGUGAUCGAAAAUGUCCUCGCAAGAAGUAUACAUGAAUUUGAGACGUCUUUUAUAGACGUCCUCGCAACCAACAAUGCGAAAGCGAUGUUUCGACCAGGAUGCGGUACCACGCUAGCAUACAUAACCGCAGGAAAAUCUCAACCUAUUGAACACAGAAUCUUAAACUUUUUGAGCGACCUCGACCAAGUGCGAAAUAAAGUCGAAAAAGUGACAUUCACUAUGAAAGACCAAUCAUAUACGCGGACCGAAAUUACGACAAUAAAGUUGAUGCAUUACAAGUCUUCAACGAGAGAAUAUUUGUCCAUGGAUUACGUUGUAGACCCCAAAGAUUUGUUGCCGUUAGAUACGGCAGAACUCGAGAUUACCUACACACAGGGUUCGGACUCAGACAUCGCAAAAUCGAUACUGUACACUGCUAUGCUACUCCAGCGCAGCAUUCAAAAUAUGAGAGAAGAGCUUUUUGUCAUGUCUCUCAAGGCGCCCAGGCCAGGUGAAAGACUUGCGCUUAAACUGGAGGCAAAAGGGUUUCAUACCGAUAGAGUGGAUAUGGCUGACUGCGAAAUCUCCAUUGUACAAUCGGACACUUCCGGUGAUUUAAGGCUCAUCAUAACUAGUAAGGACGAAAGAACCAUACUUAGUCAAGACUUAGCGAAAGACUUUAUGGAAACGGCGGAAGGAACGCCUAGGUUCUCCGCACCAACAUACGCUGUACAGAUUGUCGGGCAAGGUACCCGGGACAUCCAAACUUAUAAAAACGGAUUUAAGAUGGUCGAUUUCUCAGAUGUUCGGAGAGAUCGAUUAUUUGGUCUAGGCCUUGCGGUGCUGUCAGGAAGUGGAAUACCCCUACCGCGAAUUACCCAGGCCAAACCAACUAACCAAAACGAGUUGCCUGGAUACUCUAGGUUUAUCCAAUAG